AGCUCAUUGGGAGGAACGGUACUUCAUCAUGGCAGGCAAGUUGGUGUUAGAGGGAAAAAUAAGUAUUAUAAGCUUUCUUUUAGGACUGGGUGUUGUUAUAAUUCCUCUUAUUAGAACAUUCGCAGGACAUCUUGACUGGGUAUUCGACUAUCUCACUGGAGUGAGGGGGAAAAUAGCUAUUGCUGUGUACAUCGCUAUUAUCAAUGGCUUCUUGCUUAUCAUAUACAAGGGACCUCUAUAUAAGGUUGCUGUGCGAGCCUGCUUCCUUGGCUUUACUUUUGGGUGUGGCUUGAUCAUAAGCUUUUCCCAAACCACAUGGACACACUUUGGCUGGUACAUGUGCUCCUUGUCUUUCUUCCACUACUCCGAGUACCUGGUGACGGCCAUCAUUAACCCCCGCAGCCUGUCUCUGGACUCAUUCCUUCUCAACCACAGUGUGGAGUACACCGUGGCUGCUGUGUCCUCAUGGGUGGAGUUCACCAUAGAGAAGCUCACUGUCCCAGAGCUGAAGCAGCUGAGCUGGCUCAGCCUGGUGGGUCUGGUGAUGGUGCUGUGUGGGGACUUCCUGCGUAAGUCUGCCAUGCUGACGGCCGGCUCCAACUUCAACCACAUCGUCCAGAACGAGAAGGCCCAGAGCCACGUGCUGGUCACGGAUGGGGUCUACGCCUUCUUCAGGCACCCCUCCUACGUGGGAUGGUUCUACUGGAGCAUUGGCACACAGGUGAUGCUGUGCAACCCUGUCUGCAUCGCGGGCUACACUAUGGCAAGCUGGCGCUUCUUCCGUGAACGGAUCGAGGAGGAGGAGCUUUCUCUCAUCCAUUUCUUCGCAGAGGACUACCUGGAGUACAAAAAGAAGGUGGGCACCGGCCUGCCCUUUAUUUCAGGCAUCCGCAUCAACAGCUCCUAGGUGUGAGAGAUGGGUCCUGGACGUAUGAACAUGGCA